GCCUGGGAUUUCACAGGCCUGAUUCUCCUUUCUCAAACACACAAGUGAAGGAUGAGCACAGCUCUGGAUUCUCCAGCCACUUUCAUCUUGUGUUCUCAAAGACUACAGGCAUGCACUGCAAGUCUCGGCUUCCUGUAACCCCUUAGCAGAGUUGAGAAGAGGCCGAACUGGAUUCUGGGGGAGACCUGAUGAGGAGAGAGGCAUUCCACUAGUAUCAAAGAUUCCUGGCUCAUCUUUGAUUUGCUUCCCCAAUCCCCCCCGAUGGCUUUGCCCAGCCGCAGGUCCAAGAAUCCCAACACACUGGCUUUUCUUCUGGCGGGGGUGACUUUCGUGGUGCUGCACCAGUGGCUCCUUCAGCAGCCCACGCAGGAACAACCCCAGGAAUCCACGGCUGCUCCCCGGUCUUCUGCUGCUGCGGUGCAGCCUUCCCCGCUCCUCCCAGUGCCGGCGUGCGUGGCCAACGCCUCCGCGAACCUCACUGAGGGCUUCCAGCUGCUGCCGGCUCGGAUCCAAGACUUCCUGCGCUACCGCCACUGCCGCCGCUUCCCGCAGCUGUGGGACGCGCCCCACAAGUGCGCGGGCCCCCGCGGCGUCUUCCUGCUGCUGGCCAUCAAGUCGUCGCCCGCCAACUUCGAGCGGCGGGAGCUGAUCCGGCGCACGUGGGGCCAGGAGCGCAGCUACGGCGGCCGGCAGGUUCGGCGGCUCUUCCUGCUGGGGACCUCCCCCCCGGAAGAGGCGGCGCGCGAGCCCCAGCUGGCGGACCUGCUGCGCCUGGAGGCUCGCGAGAGCGGCGACGUGCUGCAGUGGGGCUUCUGGGACACGUUCCUCAACCUCACGCUCAAGCAUCUGCACCUGCUCGACUGGACGGCGGCGCGCUGCCCCGGCGCCAGUUUCCUGCUCAGCUGCGACGACGACGUCUUCGUGCACACCGCCAACGUGCUGCAGUUCCUGGAGGUGCAGCCGCCGGAGCGCCACCUCUUCGUCGGGCAGCUCAUGGAUGGCUCCGUGCCCAUCCGCCACAGCGGGAGCAAGUACUUCGUGCCCCCGCAGCUCUUCCCGGGCGAGGCCUACCCUGUGUACUGCAGCGGCGGCGGCUUCCUUCUGUCCAGCCUCACGGCCCGCCACCUGCGCAGGGCGGCGCGCCGCGUGCCGCUCUUCCCCAUCGACGACGCCUACAUGGGCAUGUGUCUGCAGCAGGCCGGCCUGGCGCCCAGCGGCCACGAAGGCAUCCGGCCCUUCGGCGUGCAGCUGCCUGGCGUGAAACGCUCGUCCUUCGACCCCUGCGUGUACCGCGAGCUGCUGCUGGUGCAUCGCUUCGCGCCUUAUGAGAUGCUGCUCAUGUGGAAGGCGCUGCACAACCCGGAGCUGCAUUGUAGCCACAGACGCGAUGCGGGGUCUCCCGAGGGCAGAGGGGAGCCGAACCCUGAUGCACACUGAUAUUACCUUGAGGACGGAUCUGGAAAACACUAUCCUAGUGCAUGUUCCUGGCCUCACCUUCAGGGGUUCUGGCCCAAUUUUGGUCAGGGGUGGCUUCAGACAUAUCUAGGUGGUGUUUUUCUUGUUUUAAGCCAACUCCUAAGACCUCUGGGCUGGGAAUAUUUAUCUGUUCCUCCUCACCUAGCAGCCUUCCAGCUUUCCGUUCUCCAUUCAUUGUGGGCAGCCAGCGAGGUAUGGCGGCCAAGUUCAGUGUCACCUGUCAAGCGCAGCGCAGUUCUGAAUUGCCAUUUCCACCGUUUCCUCCACCAAAGAGCAGAGCGCCAAGAAGCCAGUUUACACUGGGAACUAAGGGGUGCCUUGUGAGGGCGAAGUGAAAAGUGAAGAUCCUCCAGGGCAGCAGGAGGAGGCGCCCUCGCAGCCACCGUUCUGGAGCCCUGACUGUACCCAGUAGCUUCAGCCUUGCUUCCCCAAACGCUUUAGAAAGGGCAUGGCUGAAUGGACAGUGGCAAUCUGUCCCAGUGCUGUGGAUUAGAUCUGUGAGAACAUUGUUAUUAGCCUCCUGUUGCUGCUGUAACAAAUUCCCUUUCCAGCUUUCCAAGCCUGGGACAAACCCACUUAUCCUGCAGUUCUCUGACAACACAGGUCUCACUAGGCUAAAGUCAGUGUGUUGGUAAGACUGUUUACCUACCUAAGUAUUCUAGGGGAGAGCCUAGAUGGAGAACCAUAAGAUAGAUUCUCCUUAUUCCCUACCUUCUAGAGGGAGACCUCCUUCAUCUCCAAAACCAGCAAUGCUACACUGCUCUACAGCCAGAUAUCUCCCUGACUCUUAUUUCUCCACUCACUGCUCCCCUUCCCUAGAGCUAAAAUUGAGUCCACUUGGGUUAUCCAGGCUUAGCUUCCCAUCUUGUUUGUUAAGACAAGGUCUCAUGUAGCCCAAGCUGCCCUGAAGCUUGCUAUGUGAUCAACCAUGAUCUUGAACUCCAGAGCCUCCUUCUUCACUUCCCAAAGUGUGCGUUACAGGUUUGUCUCCACACCCAGCUAUUAUCUUCGGGCUGUAAACCCGGCUCUCUAGCAAUAGCAUUGUUCAUAUUUUCGUUCACAUGUCACCUAAUUUAGUCACAGGUUCCAGAGAUUAGGGUGUGGACAUGCUUGGCGGACCAUUGGUUCCGUCUACCAGGAUGCCAAUAUACACUGUGGAAUAAAAAAUAAACGAAGGAAAUGAAUGAGUGACAGAGGCCUUUGCCCCUCAGCAAACAGUACUGAUGCCAGCCCUUAUUGAGGACAAGUGAGCAUCAUUAAAUCUGAAUUCCCUGC